CAUGAUCCGCCUCCCCCCCCCCGCCUUCUGCAGCCCUCCUUCGCUUCCAGGUCAUGCAGGGGGUGUGGUGGGGGCGGCGGCAGCCCACAUGGCCGGGGCGGGCAGCAGCAGCUGUCGCUCUGCAUGAUCUCGGUGGCAGCGGCGGCGGCGACAGCAAAGGCGAGGAGUCCAGAGGCACCACCCACGAUGGAUGCGCGGCUGCAGCAGGCCCAGCGCUACAAGGAGGAAGGCAACCGCUGCUACCAAGAGGGGCGCUUCCGCCAUGCCGUGAGCCGCUACCACUGGGCCCUGCUGCAGGUGAAGGGCCUGGACCCCAAGAUGCCCUCCCCGCUCCAGGAGUUUGGGGCCGAGAGGGCCCCUGUGACCCCCGAGCAGGAGAGAGCCCUCCACAGGACGCAGAGCGACUGCUACAACAACCUGGCCGCGUGCCUCCUCCACAUGCAGCCUGUGAACUAUCGGCGCGUGCACGACUACAGCGUGAAGGUCUUGGAGAAGCAGCCGGAGAACGCCAAGGCCUUGUACCGGGCCGGCGUGGCCUCCUACCACCUGCAAGACUACGACGCCGCACGGCGCUACCUCCUGCAAGCCCACAGCAAGUGGCCCAAAGACGCCAGCGUGAAGCAUUAUCUGCAGCUGACGGAAUCUCAGCUCGACAUCUACCGCCGAAAGGAAAAGCAGCUCUACUUCGGGAUGUUUGGCUAGAGGCGCCCGCAGGGGCAACGCCUGGGCAGGGCAGGGCCUCCCGGCUUCUCUUGAGCUGCCUGUGAUUUGUGGCUCUGGCGGGGUCUGAUGAUGCACAGUGCCUUGGAAAAUGUACUGGGGGGGCAGCUUAAGCACAGGGGGCAGAGAGGGCUGGGGGGGCCCUGGGGGCCUCUCUGUGGUGUUGCCCCGGGGGCCCCUCUGUGGUGUUGCCCCUUUGGGUUGGGAAGGGGGGGCUGGCUGUUGACCCCCCCCCGGCCCCCGCUAUGGUUUUCUUCGUUCCACUGCAGUUCAAAGAAGCUACCGGGUAUUGGUUGGCGUCUUCCUUUUUUCCUAGUUGGUUGAAACAAAUAAAGUAUUUUGGGAAACUAA